AUGGCCAUGGUCAGUGGUACCAGAUACAGAGAGUUUGCUGAUGUAAAGUGGGACAGUAUUGUACUGGUUCAUGGUCUUUUCGGUCAUGCUAAAAAGUCGUGGUCUCUGAAUGUCCCAAAUAGGGUUUCCGGAGAGGAGCCCGUCGAUUCAAAUGCUCUCUGCAACAGUAGUGACGAAAGUGGUGCCGAGAAACCACCUCGAAAGAAACGAUGGACUAAAGGCAAGGACUUGUUCCACGAGGUAUUCUGGCCUCGCGAUCUCUUGCCCAAAGUAUUCCCCAAUGCGCGUGUUUUGACAUGGGGCUAUGACGUCCAAAUCGAGCAAUUGUUUUCAGCGACUUCUCAGGCUUCGAUAUUCCAUCACGCAGAGACGCUUUUGGCUGACCUUGUCAUGUUGAGAAAUACGGAAGCCAGGAAAUCGAAGCCUUUGCUUUUCAUUGCCCAUAGUCUUGGCGGCAUCGUUGUGAAAGACGCGCUUAGCCUUUCGAAAAAUGAAAAGGCACCAUUGUGUGAAAUACUACCCGCAUCUAUAGGAGUGAUGUUCUUGGGCACCCCACAUCAUGGCUCGAGCAUUGCUUCUCUGGGUAAAAAGUUCUUCGAGAUCUCACAACUAUUCUUCCAGAAGCCCAAUCUGCAAGUGCUCAGCGCUCUAGAAAGCAACUCCGAAAUACUGGAGCGGAUAUCGAGGAGCUUCACGCAAGUUCUUUCAAGUAGUUCAAUCAAGGUCCAUUCCUUUCGAGAAGAGCUUCCUACAAAGGGUAGAAUGAUAGUAACACCAGCAUCUGCAGCCAUUGGUUAUUUGCAUGAGACUCAAGGAUCGCUAUAUGCAAAUCAUCGGAGUAUGGCAAAAUUCUCAUCUGUCAAGGAUAUCAAGUUUGAGAGAGUAACUUCCGUCCUGCAGAGAUGGGUCGAAGAAGCUCCUAUUGUGCAGUCAACCACAAAAGAAGCUGGUAAUCUGGAUGGUCCAAAAUUUGACAAGCAGCUGCAACUUUGUCUCAGGUCCCUUUCCUUCGCUGAGGCUGAGGCUCGAUUCGAAGGUAUAGAAGUGGCCUAUCACCAAACUUACACGUGGAUCUUCGACCCUCAAAUCGGAUUGGCAGACUGGUUAGAAGGCAAGAGCCGCAACAACAUCUUCUGGAUCCAAGGAAAGCCAGGCUCUGGAAAAUCUACAGCGAUGAAAUUUGCUAUCAGCCAGCCAUUGACUCUCCAGUUACUCCAAAAGUAUAGUGACAGUCAUUGGAUCGUCGCUUCAUUCUUUUUCCACGAUCGCGGGACGAGUAUGCAGAAGUCAGGCGAAGGGUUCCUGUGUAACAUCCUGUACCAGAUCUUGUCUCAACAGCAAUCAUUAUUUCCAGUAAUCUACGACUUACUUGCCAGGGAAACAGUUGCUCAACCGUUUACAAUUAAGUUUUGGAAGUCCCAAUGGACGCUUAGUAGACUCCGAGAGGUCUUGAUGACGAUCGGGCAGAAAUCGACUUCUAAGGUCAAUCUCUGCCUUUUUGUAGACGCCCUUGAUGAGCAUAAUGGGAGCUAUAGAGAACUAGUCGAUAUCCUAAUGGAUAUAGCUCAAUUGACUAACAACCCUACGUUUCGGGUACGGCUGAUCCUCGCCGGACGUCCUGAAAACGUUUUCAGAACCGCGUUCCGUGACUGUCCAGGAUUCGCUAUUCACGAGCACACCGAAAAUGACAUUCGCAACUACGUAGAUGGAAGACUGCAGAAAGAGAUGUGCGCCAGCCAACCGAUCGAGGGCGAUAUACAGUUGUCCAACCUGGUUGGGAGUGUUGUCCAACUCGCCCGUGGUGUAUUUCUAUGGGUUAAAUUAGCCGUCAAUGAACUUGUCGAGGGGCUUUGUGAGGGCGACACCCUUGAGGAGCUCGACAUUCUACUAUCAACAAUACCCACAGAACUUGAAGAUCUAUAUAAGAGAGCCCUGCGUCGCUACCCUCGGAGUUCAUCGCGAUCCCUCGCGAACAAUAGAUACGAAGCAUACGUGAUGUUUCAGCUCGCUUCAUGCGCUUUGACUCCAUUUCGGCUGUAUGACUUUCUCGCUGCUGCUCACUGCCUGUGCCAUGGCACGGAAUCCGUCUUGAAACUAGCAAAGCACAAUCCAGACCAAAUGGAGCGUCGAUUGACCAGUCGAUGCAUGGGGCUUCUCGAAGCAGAGACCGUUGGGAACGGGCCAGCAGUAAUUGUGCAAUUUAUGCAUCAAACAGUCAAGGAGUUCGUACACAGUGAUGAAGGCCGCAGUGCAAUUCGCGAAGGGAUACCCAACCUCGAUAUUGAAGGCGGAACUUGUCUCAUUUUUAAAUAUAUGUUGAAACUAAUUGGAUCUCUGGACACAAAAACUUUGAAUCUCAACCCAAUAGGGUUCAUGAUGGAACAUUUUGCUUCUUACGCGAACGUACUUGAGUGGGAUGAGGAAGUGUGUGUUGCCAAUGAAUUUGAAAUGGCACUACAGACCCUAAAGGAAAUAGGACCGCGUCAAAUGAUUGAUCGACUUCUUGACGAUCGCAUGACCAAAAAAGCUCAGGGGUUUCUCGCCAAAAAUGCAUCUCUAGAAGAGACAAACCAUACCGAAUUAAGCAGGGAAUGUUGCUAUUACCUCCUUGAUGUGAUAAAAGAUCUAUUUUGGGAGAAAAACAACCGUCCCUGGAAAUCACAAAUGCAUCUAUUUAGGGAGAAAAGCGACCAUCCUUGGUUAUCACGAAUGCUAGAUAUCUUCGUGGAAGUGGGAAUCGUCAGUCAGCAAACUCCUACAGAGAGUGAUCGCUGCAUUGAUCGCAAGGACUUCGAGGAAGUGAAGCGGUUACUACUUGAGGAAGGAAAGCAGAAAAGAAGUACUACCCCUAUGUCGGAGUUUCUUGGGAUUUUCGGCACUUUUUCCGAGGGCACAAACGGCGAAAAGCUCAAAGACAAAUCUACUCAUAACUUUAUGACCAGAGCUUCAAAAAUAACAAACGCGGUCUCAAAAGAAAGCUAA